AUGAAGCUCCUGGUCCUGCUCUCAGCGUUUGUGGUGGUGAGGGCUGACAAACUUCCGAGUUACAGCCUGCCCGCGCCCUCUGGUCCAGCACUUCCUCCUGCAGGACCUCCUCCUGGAGCACCUCCUCCUGGAGGCUGUCAGGACGGUGAAGUGCUUCAUGUGGACGGCUCUUGUGUUACUCCUCAGGUGGUCAGAAAACUGUAUGUGUUCACCGCUCCUGAACACCAGCAACGGGCCAAUGGCCCUCCACCACAGAUCCCUCCUCCCAGGGUGAACCACAACAUCUUGUUCAUCCGUACUCCUGAAGGUGGUCAAGGCCCUGAGCCCAUCGUGGUGCCGCCGCCCAGCCAGAAACACAUCGUGUACGUCCUCAACAAGCAGUCCGACCAGGCACAGCGAGUCAUCGAGGUCCCAGCACCGCCGCCCAGGAACCCCGAGGUGUACUUCGUCAACUACAACGAGGGAGACAACCCGACCCUCCCCGAUGGUACGGACUUCCAGACUGCCCUCAGCUCCGCGGUCCAAGGUGAUGGGCAACUCAUCACCGGCUCCGGGGGAGCUGCUGCUGGAAAUGGUAAUGGUAAAACUGACAGCAUCAACACUCGCAACUUCGAAGGCGCUGGUAUUUCCGGCAGCGAUGUUACUGUUGGCGAUGGCAGCUUUGAAGGCGAUAGUAGUGCCAACGUAGGAGGAAGCGAUAGUUUUGAAGCCAACGUUAUAGAUACCACUGGUAGUUCGGGUGAGAACGGCAAAGGUACCAACGGUGGCUUUGUAAGUAAUGUUGGAGGAAGUGGCGUAUUUUUUGAAGGAACAGCAGGAGGGAUAAGCGGAGAUUUGGGAGGUGAAGUUCAAGGCAGCAGCAGUGGUGCUGCAGGUACCAUCGAUAGUUUUGGAGGUGGUUCUGCAGGCAGUAUCGGUGACUUUGGAGGUGCUGUUGGAGGCGCCAUUGGUGGUUUAGGAGGUGGUGCUAUAAGCAGCAGCGGUGACUUUAGAGGUGUUGCUGCAUUCAGCUUCGGUGGUACUGCAGGCAUCGAUGGUUUUGGAGGUGCCACUGGAGGCAGCAACGGUGAUUUUGGAGGUGGUUCUGGAGGUAGUAGUGGGGAUUUUGGAGGUAGUGCUGAAGGCAGCAUUGGUGGUUUUGGAGGCAGCAUUGGUGGUUUAGGAGGCAGCAUUGGUGGUUUUGGAGGUAGUGCUGGAGGCAGCAUUGGUGGUUUUGGAGGCAGCAUUGGUGGUUUUGGAAGUAGUGUUUCAGUCAGCAUCGGUGGUUCUGGAGGCAGUAGUGGUGGUUUUGGAGGUAGUGCUGAAGGCAGCAUUGGUGGUUUUGGAGGAAGUACUGGAGGCAGCAUUGGUGGUUUUGGAGGCAAUGCUGGAGGCAGCAUUGGUGGUUUUGGAGGCAGUGCUGGAGGCAGCAUUGGUGGUUUAGGAGGAAGUGCUGGAGGCAGCAUUGGUGGUUUAGGAGGAAGUGCUGGAGGCAGCAUUGGAGGCAGUGCUGGAGGCAGCAUUGGUGGUUUUGGAGGCAGUGCUGAAGGCAGCAUUGGUGGUUCUGGAGGCAGCAUUGGUGGUUUUGGAGGCAGUGCUGGAGGCAGCAUUGGUGGUUUUGGAGGCAGUGCUGCAGGCAGCAUUGGUGGUUCUGGAGGCAGUGCUGGAGGCAGCAUUGGUGGUUCUGGAGGCAGUGUUGGAGGCAGCAUUGGUGGUUUUGGAGGCAGUGCUGGAGGCAGCAUUGGUGGUUCUGGAGGCAGUGCUGGAGGCAGCAUUGGUGGUUUUGGAGGCAGUGCUGGAGGCAGCAUUGGAGGCAGUGCUGAAGGCAGCAUUGGUGGUUUUGGAGGUAGUGCUGAAGGCAGCAUUGGUGGUUUUGGAGGUAGUGCUGAAGGCAGCAUUGGUGGUUUUGGAGGAAGUGCUGGAGGCAGCAUUGGUGGUUUUGGAGGAAGUGCUGGAGGCAGCAUUGGUGAUUUCAGAAGUGAAGUUGCAGGUAGCAAUGGUAUUGCAGGAGGUAGCAAUGUGGGUGCGGGGGUUGAUAUCAGAAGCAGCAACGUUGGAUUUGGAGGAAACGUCCAAGAAAAUGGUAUAUUUGAAAGCAGCGGGAAUGGGUUUAAUAGCCUCCCUGGGGGAUACCGGCCUCCCCUUAGUGGGACUAACACGGGGGGCGUAGUGAGCGCCCCCGGGGGAUACAGGCCUCCUCCAAGGGGCGCCUCACCGUCUGCUCUAUAUACACAACCUUAG